CUGGAGGAUGAGAUCGGUGAAACUGCUCGCACAUGACCCCGGGAGCACUGUGGAGGAAAGAGGCUGCCACACACAAGUAAUGUACCCAAAGAAGACACUGUGUUUCAUGGAAGUGGGGACACAGACUGAGCCCGUGGUGGUACUGUCCCUGGCUCAGGCUGCCGUCCUGGGCCUCAUCUCACAGAAUGAGAUCUUCAGAGGAACUAUAGCCCCCAAUGGUUUCUACAAUGGAGAGCCUAAAGACUGUGCCCCCCCUCCACAGGAGGAGGGCAUGGAGUAUGAGUAUGCUGACCAGCUUAUUGGAGCAAAUGGGGACUACUUGCGGGAUCCUGCCAGAGACACAGAAGCUCAAUGCAAAGAGAGGAGACGACCUCAGGGGAAGGACCUGAGACGGGACUGUCCACACAAAACGCCCAGCCCAGGAGCUCACAUCAAAGGGGAAAGGCUGGAGUGUGACAGCCACCCAUCAUGUACCCUAAACAGACAUGUUGAGGUGGACAAGCAGCAGGCGUCUCCAAAAGAGGAGCUGGUCAGUGUCAUACACACAACUUCACCACAAGAUGGUGCCUCUGUAGAGGAAGUGGAAACCGAGAGGCAGGAAGAGGCCUUGAACCUUAAGAUCAGUGGGGACAAUGACAGUUCACAGGAGAAAAGUUACUAUGAGUCCAGUGAGCAGGCCUACGAGAGCUCUGAGGAGCCCCCACAUGCCGAGUAUGAGGGAAGUGCACAGGCCAUGCUGUGGUCUGACCCAGAGGGUCUUGCCCGACGAAUGCAGAUCGACCGCCUGGACAUCAACGUCCAGAUUGAUGAGUCGUACUGUGUGGACGUGGGAGAGGGUUUAAAACGCUGGAAAUGUCGCAUGUGUGAAAAGUCGUACACAUCCAAAUAUAACCUGGUCACUCAUAUAUUGGGACACAGUGGCAUCAAGCCCCAUGAGUGUGUGCACUGUGGAAAGCUGUUUAAACAGCCCAGCCACCUCCAGACCCACCUGCUGACCCACCAAGGCACACGGCCACACAAGUGCACCGUGUGUGAGAAGGCAUUCACGCAGACCAGCCAUCUAAAGAGACAUAUGCUCCAGCAUUCAGACAUCAAGCCCUACGCCUGCCGCUUCUGUGGCCGGGGCUUCGCCUACCCCAGUGAGCUCAGGACCCACGAGAACAAGCAUGAGAGCGGCCAGUGCCACGUCUGUGCCCAGUGUGGACUGGAGUUUCCCAGCUACGCCCACCUCAAACGCCAUCAGGCCAGCCACCAAGGCCCGACCAGCUAUCAGUGCAGCGAGUGCAACAAGUGCUUCUCCUACCGCAGCCAACUCCAGAACCAUGUCCUCAAACACCAGAACGUGCGGCCCUACGUCUGCCCCGAGUGUGGCAUGGAGUUUGUUCAGAUCCACCACCUGAGACAACAUGCUCUAACACACAAGGGCAUGAAGGAGUUCAAAUGUGAUGUGUGCUCCAGAGAGUUCACAUUGUCGGCCAACCUGAAGAGACACAUGCUGAUCCAUGCCAGCGUCAGGCCCUUCCAGUGCCACAUCUGUUUCAAGACCUUUGUCCAAAAACAGACUCUGAAAACACACAUGAUCGUCCAUCUGCCCGUUAAGCCCUUCAAAUGCAAGGUGUGUGGAAAGUCAUUCAACAGGAUGUACAACCUCCUAGGUCACAUGCAUCUCCACGCAGGCAACAAGCCCUUCAAGUGUCCUUACUGCACCAGCAAGUUCAACCUGAAAGGCAACCUCAGCCGCCACAUGAAGGUCAAGCACGGCAUCCUGGACACCAGCAUUGAUGGGCCAGAACCUUCUCAAGAUGCAGAUGGUCAGGAAGACUACGAGGAAAACUUUGACUACAGUGAAAGAGAAAAUCGAGGCAGUAUCAACAACAGCACCAACAACUCUGCAGAAAUUAACAAACUGUCAUCCAUGGCGUAUUAUGGUGCCUAUGGGAAAAACACAGGGCGAUACAGCCUUCCAGAGAUGAUCAAAACGAACCCAUAACUUAUCGCUUUAAGAUGCACAGAAAACCAGAAUGCUGUUUUUCUUCUACAUAUUGCACAUACUGCCCACACUGGCUAAAAUAUAUAUAUAUAAAAAUAAAAAAUAUACUGUUUUCCUUUUUAAGGUAAUUGCUCUUAAAGGUGUCAUGUGCUACAGUGCUCACAGAUAAAAGUUUAAAAGUA